AUGCAGUUCUCCAAGGCCUUCAUCGUCAUUGCCGCGGCUGUGAUGCCUUCAGUCAUGGCCGCAUGCAGCCCCGGAGCUCCCUUCCAAGGGUCUUGCUUGUCGUGCACCUCUGAGUGCUGGGACACUUACAACGCGCCUGACCGCCAGACCAACUUGCAGCGUGCUGGUUGCAUGGCGCAGUGCCUGGCGCUGUGCGACGACUGCGAUUAA